AUGAGUAAGGCCGGCUUGUCCUCCAGCACCAAAGCUUUGGACACAGGUGUGUGCCGUCAGCCUGCUGUCGCUCGCCAGGGCCCCGGGACCAGCGACCCCCGCAGAAUCCCGGCGCACCGAUCUGAGGAACUGCAGAAAGCCUCUGACCACCAAGGCGGGAUCAGGCGUCAGGAAGGCUCGGACCCGCGGGCAGGUGCGAGGCAAGAGUCCCAGUCGUCUCCUCCUGCCGCCAAGAGACUGAAAAGAAACGCCAUAGAGAGAGAGGGAAAACGCGAGGCGGACGAAGAGGAGGCUCAGAAGGUGAAACUCCUGAAGUCUUUGUCGGAGGAGCAGCUGAACCGCUAUGAAGUGUAUCGCUGCUCGGCCUUUCCCAGGGCGACGGUGAAACAUCUGAUCCAGAGAGCCGCCAACGGCACCUCGGUGUCGCCGAACGUGGUCAUUGCCGUGGCCGGACUGGCCAAGGUCUUCGUCGGGGAGGUGGUGGAAGAGGCCCUGGACGUGUGCGAGAGGUGGGGGGAAACACCCCCGCUGCAACCCAGGCAUCUCCGGGAGGCCGUUCGCAGGUUGAGCUCCAAGGGGAAAGUCCCCAACACCAGGCCCAGAAACGUCUUGUUCUAGGCCAGCGCCCACGAGGGCCUGUGGCUGAUGGAGCAAGACGGGUUGUGGACUUCUGCGUCUGAGACUCUGGGCAAUGCUGCUUCUCUAUCUCAGGCCAUCAAGAAUUCACCCAGGACAGAUGUUUAACUCAAAACUGCAAUAUUGGUUGCAACAAUAUGAAGGCAUUCAGCCUUGGCUAACUAGCGAGCGCCUUUUAGGGAGCCCUGAGGCAUUUAACUCGGGUUAGCUGGAUGAAGAACAGUGCAAGGAUGAAACCUGGCAUCCUCCGGGA